AUGCCGACACCAAAAGAUGUAGAAAGGUAUCAGGCAUUCAAGGGGUCUCCUUCAGAGCUGCAUGUGGUUGAUCAGUUUAUGUUAGAGAUGUGUAAAAUCCCCCACUUAGGCCAGAGGCUGGAUCUUCUGCUUACCAUACGUGAGCUCCCUGUCAGCAUGAAAGAUUUGGAGCCUUUAAUAAACCAGAAAAUCCAAGCAAGUAAACAGCUGCAAUCCAGCCAGAAAUUUGUUGCUGUCCUGGAGUACAUUUUAGCCAUUGGGAACCAUUUAAAUGAAAAGGCUGGAAAGGGAAAAGCUAAAGGAUUUCGAUUGUCAUCUUUGACCAAACUGCCUCUGCUGCGGGGUAGAGAGAGGACGUUCACCUUGCUUCACGCCCUUGUGGAACAGAUCUUCUUACAUGAGCCUGAUCUGGCCAAGUUUUCUCAGGAGCUGACAGAAUUUGAAGCUAUUCCUGAUGCUUCCAUGAAGGGCCUCAGUGCUGAAGUUGAUGUUUUAAAAAAAGAAUUGGAAAAUGUUACUCAAUGCAGGCGCCUUAUUAAACCCAAGACAAUCAAGGCAACAUCCCAGGAGUCACAGUUCUGCAAGGAACUAAAGGAUUUAAUUCAGAAAUAUGAAGGGGAUCUAUCCCAGCUGUCAAAAAGAUGUGAUGAAAUGAAGAAGCUUUAUAGCAACGUACUGGUAAAAUUUGGGGAGCCACAAGACCUAGACUCUCAGGAACUGUUUGGAUGGAUAUCUUCAUUCAUUAGUGACUUUAGGAAGGCCUGUGCUGAAGUCACACCAUAAGGACAACACAAAUCUUAUUAAAAAGGUGAGGGAAAGAGAAGUUCAGGCAACAGUGUUUAAACAGGUUUGAAAUUUUCUCUACUAAUAAGGAGCACAUAGGCAGUAUAUAAGUUUGUACAGCAGUACGCCUUGAC